UAUGGUGGCACGGGCCAGCAGCUUUGGACAAGCUAAUGGGGAUAGGGAAAGGGGGAAAAUAAAAUCUGACUUGACGUUCUGGUGAAAUCUGUAUGAAUGUUUUUGUAGCCUGUGUGCAAGAAACAAAACAAAAAGGAGUCAUGAAUGAAGGCACCCGGGAGUCCAGGAGGUGUGACUGAGCUAAGGAAGCCCUGGCAGCGUGAAAAUGUCGUUUUUUAGGCGGAAAGCUAAAGGAAAGGAACCAGAGAAAGCAGUAGAUCCAAAAGCAGGCAGAGCAGGCUCUGCAGUGUCACCCAACUCGCCCUCAAGGAAUCACCAUGCCAUUCUGGACGCGGCCGGCCCGAGCCACGUGGCCAUCAGUGCCAUCUCGGCGAACAUGGACUCAUUCGCACGUGGCCGCACAGCCAUCCUUAAAAAGCAGCCCAGCCACAUGGAGGCGGCUCACUUCGGAGACUUGGGUUGCUCCAGCGUGAACUAUCAGACGCAGGAGACACGAUCGCGCCUCUCCAAGACUGUGGAGCAGGUGCUCCGUGACCCCGUGGCACGGCCCUACUAUUUACACUUCAUGGUGACGCGGUCCGCCGAGCAUCUGGCGCGGUUUUGGCUGGAGGCUGAGAGUUUCCGUUCCGCCAGCUGGUCGCGCGUGCGCGCUCACAGCCUCAACUCUGUGAAACACAGUUCGCUGGCUGAGACCGCGUCCACCCUGGGCCUCUCAGUGUCUCCAGACUCGCCACCGGAUUUCAACAUCUCACCUGGAUUAGAGGAAGGGGAUUACGAGGACACUUUUACCCCUCGGACGCCUUCCAGCCCACAGGACUCUAACACCCAUUUGAGAGCAGGACGCAGAGACUCCGUCAAUCACGAGGAAGGGUUGAGGCUGACCCGACGCCCAUCUACUUCCUCGUCAUCCUCCAGGGCUGGAACUCCGGUUAAAGGUCUGGCCGGGAACGCACUCCGCGAGCUGUCCGACAAGCUUAUGAAGAGUAUAGAGCGGGACGCAGUCAGCAUUUUUACUAAGUAUGUGUCUCCGGAUGCUUCUAGACCCAUCCCGAUCACCGAGCAGAUACGAAACGACAUCGUCGCUAAAAUCUGUGGCGAGGACGGUCAGGUGGACCCAAACUGCUUUGUUAUUGCUCAGUCAGUAGUGUUUACCAUCAUGGAGCAGCAGCACUUUACAGAGUUCUUGCGAAGCCAUUAUUUUUGCAAGUACCAGAUCGAGGUGCUGACCAGCGGUUCUGUGUACUUAGCAGACAUCUUGUUCUGCGAGUCCGCUCUGUUCUACUUUUCUGAGUACAUGGAGAAGGAGGAGGCAGUGAACACCCUGCAGUUCUGGCUGGCUGCAGAUAACUUCCAGGUUCAGCUGGCUGCUAAAAAAGGACAAUACGACGGACAGGAGGCACAGAAUGAUGCCAUGAUCCUUUAUGACAAGUAUUUUUCACUCCAAGCCACCAACCCGUUGGGCUUCGGCGACUCGGUUCGGAUGGAGAUUGAGUCGAAUAUCUGUAGAGAGGGCGGCCCUCUGCCCGACUGCUUCACCACUCCACUACGCCAGGCCUGGACCACCAUGGAGAGGGUCUAUUUGCCAGGCUUUCUUUCCAGUGAUCUGUACUACAAAUACUUGAGCGACCUCAUCAAUUCCGUACGGGCGGAUGAGUUCAUUGUUGGAACCUCAGCCUCAUCAGGUCAGGGCAUGACUGUGGACAACGAACGCAGCUCCGGCUCCUCGGAAGGGUCGCAGGCUCAGCAGGGCUCCAAAAAAGCAGCAGUAAAAAUCCUGAAGAACUUUGAUGAGGCAAUAACCGUGGACAUUGCUAGUCUGGACCCUGAGUCUCUGUAUCAGAGACCGUACGCUGGAAGAAUGACCUUUGGCAAAGUCAACGAGCUGGGACAGUUUAUACGGGAAGCCGAGCCAGAACCGGAUGUCAAGAAGUCCAAGGGUUCGAUGUUUUCCCAGGCGAUGAAGAAAUGGGUGCAAGGAAACACAGACGAGGCUCAGGAGGAAAUGGCUUGGAAAAUUGCUAAAAUGAUAGUCAAUGACGUCAUGCAGCAGGGACGACAGGAAAGCCCACUAUCAACAUCCAGUCAGCUAUGACUUUGUGUGCCGACGAAGAAGGAAGACCAACUCUGCUCCCAGCCUCCCAGCUGCUGCCAUCAGAGCCAAAAUUCUGGAGCUCAAAGUGCACACGGCAUUUCCCCAGUGGCGAGUUAUGUAAUAAUGAAGCUAAAACAAAGUGUUUGUGCAGUUCCACAACCUCCUCAAGUUGCACGUGUGUGUAUGUGUAUAUAUAUGUAUGUAUGUGUAUCUGUGAGAGAGAGUGUGAGCGUGAGAAAGACAGGACGAUGUUUGUAUGUACACUUGGGGGUCAUGUGACCAACAUUUCAAGCAUUAUGAAGGCUUUAUUUUAAACUAAACAGAGGUGCCCAAAUUAAGAAAAAGAAAUUAAGCAUGAAUGGAACUGGAUGUACAAGAGACGUGGGCUUUCAGAACAAAAUCUCAAAGGACAGUGAGACGAAAUAAACAUGGAGACAAAACGAGUCUGCUGUGUCACGCCGUUCCCAUGCCGAGCUCUUACGAACCUGAACAAAGUCACUAUAAAGUCUGGGUUACUACAAUCCUCGUUUCUUAUCUUUCCUUAGAAGCUUCCUUCCUCCAUUUUAUGAGGCUAGCUAUAGAGAGCUGCGUCUCUUUCAGUCCUUUUUUUAUUUUUUAUUUUAAAUAGUGCAAAGAUUUACCCAUGGUGGCUCUGUACAGUUUUAUUUGCAGGCGUGUCCGUAUUGCCGUGCCGUUAAAUCAGACUACGACAGGAUUUUAUCAUCGGGUUUCCAGGAAGCCGAACGGACUGAUACGCUGUUCCAGUAUAAAUUGAUUUAAACUGACAGAUUAAGCUGCAGCUUAAACAUCCCCACCAUGUUGACUCCAGAAUCAGCUCUACUCCAUAGUCUUACUCCAACAUGGACAAGUGCUAGUGCAAUGUUUAAACCCCCACAUCUCCAGUCUAUGAUGUAGAUUUCUGGUUUUGAUUAAUGUAACUUCUUUUUUUAUGGUGAGUGUCUGUUUUUCUUUCUAUGUUUUUUUUCCCUUUACCUUUCCUUUUUUUUUUUUUUUUUUUACGAUUUGUCAAAUGUGUGUGUGUCUAAGCAAAUUCCAGUGAUGCCUGUUCUUUGGGAAUAGCUUACACUGAAGGCGCGACGAUACUGCUCCGGACCUCGUGGAGAUGUGGAGAAGAACCAGAAACAGAUGGACUUUUGGUACUAUGUACCAUUUAUUAUGUGUUUUUUUUCUUUUCUGACAUGUAUGUGUAAUCUAUAAUAUAUUUAAAUUGUGUUUGAUUUAAAUACAUAUAUUAUUGAAA